AUGGCGCCGACGCGCGCGCGACCGGGUCGCGCGGCGAAGAGGGACGAGACGCGCGGAGGGGCGGUGACGCGCGCGGCGAAGGCGAGCGGUGGGCCGUACGAGGCGCGGAACGAGUUCGUGAUCCCGGGCGGGGAUGGCGGCGUCGUCGCGCGAUUCGAGGAGGAGAUGCGCGCGCGGGAGAAGAUGGCGAAGGAGUGCGGGGCGACGGAGGCGAAAUUGGUGAAGCUUAAGGCGAAUGAGUACGCGUUUGAGCAGAAAUGGGCGUCUAAGGAGGCGUACGAGGCGUACAUGAACACCCCGGGGCGACGACGAAGCCACCUGACGGUGGGAGUGUAUCAACGCUUGCCGAAGGAUAAAUGGAGCGUGCCGGAAAACUUUACGCCGGUGACGCGGUAA